ACAAGCAAAAUCAUUAAAAAAUCUACUCAUAUGGAUAAAGUAACCGCUGUUGUGGUCGUUAAUAUAGAGCUAAACUGAAACACUGUGUGUUUGCCACAUGAUGUCUUUGAGAAAUCCUAUGAUGAAAAACUACUCAAAUCAAUGUCUUCUCAAAACCCAUUUUCUCAAAGUUCCAACCUUUCAUCCCUUCUUCAAAUUCAACACAUACCCAUAUGCUUCAAACAGAACUCAAACCCUCUCAUUCACCAUCAACUGUAACCUCAAAAACAAAGGGAAGAACUUGUUGUCUCAGAAGAUUGUCUUAUCAGAAGCUUCUCCUCCACCACUCACACAGGAUAAUGAUGACAUCAUCAAUGGUGGGAAUGUUCCAGUGAGUUCAAAGAAUAAGAAAGGACUUUAUGGUGUGGUUAAUAAGUUGACCAAAAAGGUGUUGCAGAUUCUCUCUAAUUUGCCUUUGGCUAUUGGAGAAAUGUUCACCAUUGCUUUUUUAAUGGGGUUGGGCACUUUUAUUGAUCAAGGUCAGAAACCUGAGUUUUACUUCCAGAACUACCCUGAAGAUCAUCCUGUUUUAGGAUUUUUUACUUGGAGAUGGAUUUUCUUCCUUGGUUUUGAUCACAUGUAUUCAGCCCCUAUAUUUCUUGGAAUGUUGGCUCUUCUCGGCGCAUCCCUUAUUGCCUGCACUUACACAACACAGCUCCCACUCAUCAAGGUUUCUAAAAGAUGGUCGUUUAUGCACUCUUCCGAGGCUAUACGUAAGCAGGAGUUUUCAGAAUCAUUGCCACGAGCAUCAAUCCAAGAUGUUGGUACUAUAUUAAUGGGAGCUGGAUAUGAGGUAUUCUUGAAAGGACCAACUUUGUAUGCUUUUCGUGGACUUGCUGGUCGGUUAGCCCCUGUUGGAGUUCAUAUAGCACUUUUGUUGAUAAUGGGUGGAGGAACAUUAAGUGCUGCAGGGAGCUUUAGAGGUUCAGUCACUGUACCACAGGGACUCAAUUUUGUUGUCGGAGAUGUUCUCGGCCCUACUGGCUUUCUUUCCAUUCCAACGGAUGCCUUUAAUACAGAAAUUCAUGUCAACAGAUUCUCUAUGGACUAUUAUGAAAGUGGAGAGGUUUCACAGUUCCGCACCGAUCUUUCCCUCUUGAACAUGGAUGGGAAAGAAGUAAUGAGGAAAACAAUUAGUGUAAAUGAUCCUUUAAGAUAUGGUGGUAUCACCAUAUACCAGACAGAUUGGAGUAUUUCAGCUCUGCAAAUUCUCAAGGACAAUGAAGGACCUUAUAACUUGGCUAUGGCACCUCUAAAGAUCAAUGGAGAUAAGAAACUUUAUGGCACUUUUCUACCUGUUGGAGAUAUUAACUCUCCUGAUGUUAAGGGAAUAUCUAUGCUUGCUCGUGACCUGCAGUCAAUUGUCCUAUAUGAUAAGGAAGGGAAAUUCGCAGGAGUUAGGCGACCAAAUUCAAAGCUUCCAAUCAACAUUGAUGGCUCAGAAAUUGUCGUUGUUGAUGCAAUAGGGAGUAGUGGCUUGGACUUGAAGACUGACCCUGGCGUGCCAGUUGUAUAUGCUGGAUUUGGUGCUCUAAUGCUUACUACUUGCAUCAGCUAUUUAUCUCAUUCACAGAUAUGGGCCUUACAAGAUGGAACGACAGUCGUCAUUGGAGGGAAGACUAACAGAGCAAAGUUAGAGUUUCCGGACGAGAUGAACCUCUUGCUUGACAAAAUCCCUGAAAUAGUUGAAUCAUCAUCUCUAUCUAAGAAAACUGAUAGCAUGGUUAGUUAGAGAUUAUAGCUUUUGAAACAUCAAGGUGCGAGAUAUACACUCUUCAAUUGGAUGAUAGCUUCUUAUAUGGAUUAUAUGGCAAUGAUGGAACACUUUGACAUACAAACAUACAAAUUGGAUGCCAUGGAUGAAUCAAUCAACAAAUUUUUGCAGAUCAUCUCAUAAAGACAUUGUUUACAUACUGAGAGUAUAUAAAUAGAUUUGUUUUUUUUACCAAAGCUCCUUGUAUUAUUUUUUCCCCCUAGUUUAGGGAAGUGAAUAGUAUAUCUGCUAUUCGGUACAUCGAUAAUGUACAGCUUGCAGUUGUAACUACAUAAAGAUCGUGUCUCUUUUUAUCGUAUAUUGAGAUAUAUUUUCA